AUGACCUUAUUUAGAAUGUAGGCCUAUUGCGACUGACGAGAUUCAUCCGGUUCAAAGAAAGAGCAAGAGUUCGCCUCAAAAAAGGCCAAUUUUUUUGCUGUGUUUAGAAAGUCACUUGAGACAAACAGAUUCGUAGAUGAGGAAUAGUUCAGACAACUCCCUGGGCUGAAUCGAAGGACGAAAAGAAGCGAAUUGAUGACACUUCCAGGAUAGAACGUAGAGGCAGACACGUGUGUGGUCAUACCCCACGCCAGAACCCACACCACACCCCUAAGCACACCUGUCCACCAUGUCAGGCCAGCUGUGUUUCCUGACCCGUAACGGGCCUUUCAGCGAGAGCCUAGACGACGAGGUCACCUUCUCGACCCAAACUGACCGCGAGGACAGCGAGGUUGACAAUCAACCAGACGCGGACAAUCUUCCCUUUGACUCGGAUCCGCUGAUCCAGAGUUUCCCCGCCUCCCCGCCAGUAAGUAACUUUCAGCGACUCACCAACGGCGCUCCGAAGAACUUCAGUUUUCAGAGCAGUCCUGGAGAAAGUAGCACUUCGUCCGAGGGAAGUUUUAGCAGUCAGGAAUCUCUGAUUGAAAUUGUCCCGUUGGGUCAGCCGUGGCGUGCCCUGGGCCGCUGUUUCAACAGUACUAUCGUCAGCAUUGUGGUGCUGUUCCUCGUCACUGCAGUGUCGCUAUCUCUAGCCGGGAUCAGUGUGUUUGUCGUAGGGCCCACGCCGUACUUCGACAAGUCCCUGAAUGCCUUCCAGAUCCCCAACCACAUCUCCACCAAGCGGCAGCUGGCCUUCGACGCAGCCAGAACCGACGAUUUUCACAACUUACGCAAACGGAGCCUCGACUUUCAAAACCUUGGCCUGGACAUCAGCUUUCUCAAGCCACACAAAACCGAUUCUGAAAUUGACAUACUUUCCAGCAGUAUUCAAAACUCGUUGCUGGACAACGCAAUACCAGAUGAUGUAUUUAGACCUGGAAAACUGAACUUCAACCUUAUCACAAAGAGGCAGCAUCAGGAAACCGGCGAGUUCGGAAUGACUCACAACCGAAACCGGAGAUCAAGCAGCCGAGUUCGAAGGAAGAAGUACAAGAUGGUGAUCGUCUACAAGGCGCUGGGGGAAGACAAGAAUAUCUUCACGGAGGAACGACUGCGGACCAUACACAAGGUUGAGAUGGACAUCAUGAGACAUCCAAACUUUACGGAUUUCUGCUCCCGCGACAGCCGCUCCCUCAGUGACCCAGCCUUGAGGCCUUUCAAAUACUGCUCACCAAUGAUCUCACUCAUGGGCUAUUUCUACCCAUCUGUUGACAAUGAGAAGAUCGUUUACGACGGCAUGGGAAAUAAUCUGGCCGACAUCAAUGGCACCCUGGCCCUAGCCCGAGCCGCGCUAAAGAGCAAAUUCUAUUGGUUCGUGGAUACUCAGAUGAGCUCCAACAGUGUCACCAGUAAAUUAUUGCGAAGCGAGGUGUAUUUCGGACCGCCGUUCGGUGAGGAUUCGAACCCUCCGAGUGACCGGGAAUCAUCUCAGUUGUACGUGGAUUUCCUGGUCACAUACAUUGACCUCCUAGAGAAGGCAUCGACUGAUAAAGUGCGUGUUUUGUACGGCGGCACUCAGCUUUUCGACUAUGAAGUUAAAGAAGCCAUCGCACAUGAUUUGCGCCUCUGCAUACCAACUGGCAUCACCAUCUUCGUCCUCCUCUUCGUCCUGACCUCCUUCUCCCUCUGGUUGACCUUCUGGGGAUUCCUCAGCAUCAUCCUCAGCUUUGCCUGGGCUUACUUCAUCUACCACGUCGCCUUCGGCAAGGCGGCCCUGGGCCUGCUUAACCUGGUCUCUGGCUUUGUCAUCAUCGGCAUCGGAGUGGAUGACGUCUUCGUCUUCGUCAACACCUUCUUGCAAGCUGAGCAUUACAAGGAUCCAGUACAGCGCAUGGCACACACCGUCAAGACGGCGGGCAUUGCAACAUUCUUCACGUCAUUCACAACCGCCGGAGCCUUCGCAGCUAACAUCGCUUCCCAGAUUCCAGCUAUCAAUGACUUUGGCCUGUUCAUGUGUCUCAUCGUCACGUCUUGCUGGAUCAUGGUGGCGCUUGUCAUGCCAUGCGCCCUCACGCUGUGGCAGCGCUGUUUCCACUGCGAGGUUUUCAUAUUCAGGCGUUGCACAAGGCGCUCUGAUGAUCCAGCAGCUGCCAUGGAGACGCUCUCCCGUGUCCUAGACCGCCACGAGAGACAGGCCACGCCUCCGAGCGAGACGUCGUCAAGCGAGACGGGCUCGGGACCGGAACGGUCACAUGAGGAUAACGACAUCCCAAUGCUGGACCUAGAAGAAGAUACCAACAUUCAACAUCUCCUGAUUGAUGACAACGAUGAGCCUCUGAUCUUGACAAACGACGACGACUACUCCCACGCCCCCACUAUCCCAGCCAGAGGCCCCGCCCCCAAACAGGCCCGCAGCAUCACCAAAAUUCUCCAGGGAUUCCUGAAUCGAUUCGUAGCCACGCCCUUCAUCCGCGGCCGCUGGCUUGUCAUCCUUGUGUAUGUAAUGAUCUUUACUGCCUCACUGGUACUCGUCAUCCACAUCAAGCCGGCGACCCGCCCCCCGGCCCUCUACAACAAGCAGACCAACUUACAACAGCUCCUAGACCUGGCUUACAACUUCUCGGGCAAGGAUAUCAGUUGUAAGGGUUGCUCGGGGCUCGUCACGGACGGUCCCCAUGUUCAACCGCAACCGGUCCCAGGCGGGCCUGUUACCUUACCGAUGGUACCCAUACCCACCAAGCACCCUACCCCAGGGGGAGGGCAACACCCUGUGACGCACCCCCACGGGAAACCGAUGACCCCUGGAAUUGCUAAGCCAACGCAGCCCUCCAUCCACACCCAACCGCCUGACAUCCACACCCAACCGCCACACGUCCACACCCAACCACCAGACGUCCACCACAAAUCCACAACUCGCCAACAUGUGGCACCAGUUCGACCCACAACAACCACUAGACCUGUUCAAAGACAAACCUGCGCCGAUCGCAAUCAGCCGUGCCCAUUCUACAGCACCUGUGACGACAGUGACCCAUCCCAGGGCCCUGUCUGUCACUGUAAAUUCUCCUGCCCCAACAUGUGGGACAUAGUGUGCGGUUCCGACGGCCAGAACUACAAAAACCAGUGCGCCAUGCGGAAGGCAUCCUGCGAAAAGAAACAACUGAUUGAAAUGGCAUACUCCAGUCCCGGCCCCUGCUUCAAUCCACAUACUCCAGCCAGUGGAGGGGGCGGAGAUUCGGGUGGAGGAGGAGGAGGAGGAGGUGCAGGAGGUGGAGGGAGUCAAGGGUCAAAUACUGUCAAACCCGGAGGGGGAGAUGGUGCCGGAUCCCCUCAUGCAGGGUACAACCCUUGCCCAGGGGGCUCGUGUGGUAAGCCGGGGGAACGACCAGUGCUUGACAACACUGCCCUCGUGUACCUGGUGUUUGGAAUCGACCACUAUGCCCCAAGUAAUACAACGCAGGAGCAUGUGGUGGAGGACAGCAAGGGUACAGCAAUCUAUGAUCCAGACUUUGACCUUGGGAGAGAUGAGACAAAAAUAGCUCUGUGUAAAAUCUGCAAGAAGAUUGCGGCGAAGAAGGACCUAGUCAUUCCAGGCGGCGCUCAGUGCUUCCCAAAAGAAUAUUCUAGCCUCAUCAACGCUAUGAAAGCCACAUAUGAGGAUUGCAAGGACAUCCCAGAUUCCUAUUCCAAUAAGUUGAUCGGACUUCACAACAACAAGGUUUACUGGUUCGCUAUGGCCUUCAAAUCGAAUAUCUUCCAAGGCAAGUCCUCCUUCGCGGCUUACAAGGAUUACAAUGCUUGGGAGACGGCCAUCCAGGAGGCAAAAGACUCCCUGACUGACGAGGAGAAGGUGGGUCUGGAGACAAUGUUCCAGACGAGCGAUUACUGGAAGCAAGUCUUCAUGGAGAUUGUGGGCGUAACGAGUGCCAUAUACGGCGUUGCCUUCUCGCUUCUAGUGUGUGUAGUAGCUGUAGUGAUCUUCACAGCCCAUAUAGGCAUUCUUCUCAUAGCGUUCCUCACAAUAGGAGGUGUGAUCAUGGUAGUAGUCAGUAUGUUCUACCUCCUGGGCUGGGAGAUGGGUGCGGUAGAGGCGGUCUCCCUGUCCAUCAUUGUGGGAUCUUCCAUCGAUUACUGCAUACAUCUCAUUGAGGGGUACCUCGUAGCGGGAGACAGGGUUCCAGACAUCACUCAUAAGUCGGCGGCAGAGAUUCGUCGCUGGCGCACCCGGUACUCAGUCAGCACCAUUGGCGUGUCGAUACUGAGCAGCGCCCUCACGACCAUCAUCGCGUCGGUGCCGCUCUGCUACACUACCAUCCAACUCUUCGCGAAAUUCGGCAAGAUCGUAGCGAUGAACACCUUCGUCUCCAUCUUGUACACGCUGACGGCCUGCACGGCGUUUCUGAGCCUCGCGGGUCCUGCUCGUUACCGCUGGAACGUCAAAUGGUUCGUCUUCAGCGCGUUGGUGCUGUGCUGCCUGAUAGGUUUGGUCGUUUUGAUUCUUUACGUUCUCCAUACGUCCGGCAUGUCCAUCCCAGGUCCAUCUGGUAACCCUUUAUUUUAAGUAAAUCCCUUACUUCCUGUAUCAACCACCUUAAACCACCUGAGAAUCCAUCAGCGAGUAAGUACAUUGUAAUAACAUUGUAAUACAUUGUCAGUACAUUGUAAUACAAUGUAAUACAAUGUAAUACAAUGUACUACAAUGCAAUACAGUGUACUACAAUGUAAUACAGAUAUAAUAAAGAUAUUUUCAAGAUAAAUAUCCACACAGAACGAUUGACAGGUUGCAAAUGGAUCUGAAAUGGUCAAUUCAGGUUUGAAUCACACUUUCAUGUUAUCUAAAGUUAGAGUAGAUCGUUUGCAGCUAU